CCCAGCCACGUGAGGCUAACCCUUCGGUGUGUGGCUGGAGCCUACCAGCCCUAAGCGGGAAAACCACUGCCGCACAUUCCCAAAAUUUCGCGGCACCAGACUUGAGAAACUGCACCACACCACAACGCUCCCUCCGGUCGACGACGACGAAGGUAUAGCUGCCCUAUAACACGCAUCCACAACUCCGCUAGCGAUACUAAUUGAAGCAACAGAGUAACCGCCAAAAUGACUAAGGGAACUUCAAGCUUUGGCAAGCGCCACACCAAGACCCACGGUCUCUGCAGACGCUGCGGACGCCGUUCUCUGCACAACCAGAAGAAGACAUGCUCUUCGUGCGGAUAUCCCGCUGCUAAGAUUCGCAAGUACAACUGGUCCGAGAAGGCGAAGCGUAGAAAGGUUACUGGCACCGGCCGGAUGCGGUAUCUCAGCACCGUUGCGAGAAAAUUUAAGAACGGUUUCCAGACUGGUGUCCCCACGAACACGCGGGCUCCCUUGACGGCUGCAUGAAGAGUGUCAUGAUCGACGGCGGUGCAGACGACGGGAAGGAACAUUUUCGGCGAGCGGUGUACAGGGGCUGGACUUGGGACGGAUCUUAUCGCCCUUUUGCUGUUACAUCAUACAGGCAUGAUUUUGCGCGGAACUAGGCCACAUCAAGCAAAAAAGGGUCAAUGAAAAUGGCGUAAACAUUUCCCCCAAGAAAAGCCGUUGCUGGAUUUUUUUCGUGAUCAUUGAAGGGGUUCGGCUGCGAAAGUAUAUGCUCCCAGGCCAGGCUUGGUUGGAAACAGGGUCAGCGGGCUUCAAUACUGGGUGUUAUUCUACUAUUGACCUCGUUCAAACACCCUAACGCCCCCAUCCCCUCCUACAUGAUAUAGA